CACAUCAACAUCUGUUACAGUGUACUAGUGCAUGUCAACAUUUGUCACAGCGUACCAGUCAACAUCAGCAUCUUUCACACUGUCCCAGUGCACACGUCUGCAAUGUGUUUCAUUGCAACAUCAACUUUUGUCAAUGUCUCUAAAUGUCAACACCAGGGGUGGACUGACCAUUUGGAAACUCGGGCACUGCCCGAGGGCCCGGGGUCAGUAGGGGGCCCCAUGAGAUGCCCCUGGUACCUUUUGCAUAGGUUUUUUUUUGAGUUUGGGCAAGCACACAGGGGCCCCAUGAUCCCCUAUUGACGACCCAUGA